AUGGAAUUUACUCAUCGGUUCACUCCUUUGGAUCGUCUUCGUUGUAAUAGUUUAGAUUGGUCCAUUAAGGUUAGGGUGGUGAGAAUGUGGAAAGUUAGACGUUGUUUGAAAACACAUGAUAUUUAUGAGAUUGAGCUUAUUUUACUUGACAAAGAGGGUAAAAAGAUUCAAGCAACUGUUCCUGCUGAAUUUGUUGAUCGUUUUGCUAAUAUUUUAUUCGAAGAUGGUGUAUACAUGAUUGAAUAUUUUCAUAGUUUGGCCAUUCCUCAUUAUGCUCUCAAGUUGUUUUCUUUCCAAAAGAUGCGGAACUUUACAAAUGGUUUGAAUUAUUUAGUUGAUGUUAUGGGUGUUGUCAUUGAUGUAUUUUGCCAUCCAGCUGAUGGAAUGAGUGGUGGAAUGGAUUGUGGUGUGAGAGUUAUAUUAGCUGAUAUGUGUGGAAAGUUUGAGUGUUUUCUAUCUGGUCGUAAUGCUUAUGAGUUGGAGAGGAUGUUGAAUGGAUGUACCAGGGAUUUGCCUAUUUUAGUACUGCUUUUUGUCAGGAUUGUUGCCAAAAAUGGUUUUGUGUUUAUUGAAUGUAUUGAUGAUGUUAGCAAAGUUUUAUUGAAUCCUCCUUAUGUGGAAGUGGAUCAGUUUAAGAAUGAUAUGGGAUAUAAGUGUUGUUCCGUUCCUUUGGUUAAGAAAGAAUACUAUUCAGGUUCCAAAUCAUGUAAAGAGCUGGAGUUUACUCGGCUCUAUCCACAUAAAACUGUGCAUGAACUGAUUCACACAUUUCAGGAUGGAUUGUUUGUUCUCUGUGGCAAAAUUGUUGGUCUUUUCAAAGUUGAUCAGUGGUUCUAUCCGGUUUGUCACUGUGGAGCUUUUUUAAAUAUUGGACGUGGUUCUUAUUAUUGUGUUCAUUGCCAUCUUACUGUCUUCAGCUCUACAUCAAAGUGUUCUCUUCAAAUUGGCAUUCAGGAUGGAACAUCUGGAGUAUUGUUGCCAAUGUCUGAGAAUUUGCUUGAAGGAAUUGAAUCCAUUCGUGACAAUGGAUCUUCCUUUGCUUUGAGUGACUAUGGUGAAAAAAUACUGGCUGAUAAGUUAGUCUUAAUGAUUGUGAAGAAAUCUAUUAGAGUUGAUGAGCUGUCUGAUCAUGUUGUUGAGGUUCUUCGUAUCACAGAUGAUAUUGAUGUUAUCAAAACCCUUCAAUUUGAUGGCAAAUAUGCGUUUUCAAACCAGGUAAUUUUUGAAGGGCCUACUCUUGGAUUUGGUUGUGAUGGGGGAACUGGAAUAGUAUCAUUUGGCCAAGAGUUUGUUGGUCAUGGAAAGGGUGCUUUGAUUGAGGAUGUUGUUCAAGUUGUGUCUCGCAAGGAAAUAAAUAAAUCCAAAGCUGUUGACAAUGCUAUAAUUAUGGGUGGAAUAAGCACAGAAAGUUCUUCUUCUACUAUGCGUUUUUAG